AUGGUCGAACCGGCGACCGCCGUUCGAUUCUCCGCCGGAUGCUGCUUCGACCCGACCUCCCGCCGUCUCUCUCACUCCGGCAGCUUCUUCACUCCUGGGCAAAAUUUUCGAAGAUUAGGAUAUGGCUCUUGCGUCAGGAGUGAUUUCAUCAAGAAUAGAGUGAGGGCUUCUGCCAAGGAUGAGCAAUCAAGCUCAGGUUCGGGUCCGGUGAAGCAGAAUGCGAAGCCGCAGCGGUACCAUCCGUUCGAGGACAUUGAGGAUUCGGCAUUACUUGCCAGUGGGGAUGCUAUGCUUACUCCUGCUGAAACUACUCGGACUACCAUUGAGGUAAACAGCAAAGCAACACUGAUGUUUUCAGGUUUAAUUAGUGACGAAGUUCACGAGAACAUUUUCUGGCCAGAUUUGCCUUAUGUGACUGAUGAACAUGGGAAUGUUUACUUUCAAGUGAAAAGUGAUGAAGACGUCCUACAAAAUCUUACUUCUGAGGAAACCCUUGUGGGCUGGGUUGCUAUUCUAGAUGACGAGGAAGAUCAGGAUGAGGAUUCUGAUGGAUCGUUGGGGGACUGGGCAAAAUUGGAGACUAUGGAAUCUUCCCAUCCUAUGUAUUUUGCCAAAAAACUGACACAGGUUGUGACAAACGAUCCUAUAGAUUGUAUGGACCAGCCUUCUGCUGGUCUUGCGAUUCAAGGCCUAUUGAGACCUGCCUUUGUUGAAGAACACGGGGUCAUCCAGAAGCAGAUAUCUGACCAUCAAUCUAGUAGUGCUGAGUCAAAUCAGAUUGCUAAUUUUGUGGAGGAUAAAGAAGAAGAUAUUCUAAUUAAUGGUCACAGAAACGAACCGAAUUCAUCUCAAGAUAGCCCAAUUUUGGCAGAGGAAUUGGAGAAGGAUGAGAGCCUGGGAAAUGGAACUGUAUUCUAUAAGCUAGAUAUGAUUAGGAUUCAGUUAAUUUCAGCACAUGGACACCAGACCUUUGUUGAAGUCGAAGAUUUUAGGAGAGCCCGACCUGAUGCAAUUGCUCAUUCAGCUGCCAAAAUCAUUUCUCGUCUUAAAGCUGGUGGAGAAAAUACCACACAAGCCCUUAAAUCACUCUGUUGGAGGUUCAAGGGUAUCCAAGUGGAGGAGGUGGUUCUCAUUGGUGUAGAUACCCUUGGUUUUGACUUGAGAGUUUGCUCCGGAACACAAGUUCAGACACUGCGAUUUGCAUUUAACAAGCGGGCCUCUUCAGAGUAUAGUGCUGAGAGGCAACUGAAUGAUCUACUGUUUCCAAGGAUCCACCACAAGCUGCAAAAAACAGAAAGAAGCUCAUCAAACUGA